GAAUAGUGGGGAACGAUUGCGAAGCAGCAGUAAACAGCAGCGUGCCAGCCUGGGGCACACAAGCCGCAGAGAGCAGCGCUGAGAGUAGCGCUGCAGGCGCGGUCGUGGCGGGGGAGGCGGCAGCCACUGGGGAAGCACUCGGCAGCCCAGAGGCUGGGGGGAGCGGAUCAGAAGCGCAAGGAGCAUCGGGCCAGGGGUCGCAAGAGCAGGGGGCAGGAGGGGUUGGGGGGCAAGGGGGGCACGGGGCCUUGACCAGAGCACAAGGGACAGCGGGAGCAGGAGGUUCAGGGACUGCGGGAGCAGGGGAGGCAGGGGGAGUGCCGGCGGGAGAAGCAGGGGGGGCAGGAGGAGGGGGAGUGGAAGGAGCAGGGGGCGCGGGAGCAGCGGAGCCGGAGCAGCAGCUGGCGGAGGCGUGGCAGCGCGCGAUGGAUGAGGCGGAGGUGGAGAUCCGCAAGCAGGCUAUCGAGAACGAAUUUCUGCGCUCCCAGCUGCGCGUGCUCGAAUGGCAGAUGAGCAACGGCGCGCUAGCAAGUUCCGCGCCUCCUGACGUGGACGGUCUGCUCUCCCCUUCCUCCGCGCGCCUUCCCCCUUCCGCCAGUACAGGCGCGGGGCUCAGUCCAGGUUUACCUGGGGCAGGUGCAACUGUUGCAGGCGUAGCAGGGGCGGGCGCGUUUAGUGGCCAUCCAGGCGGUUUUAGUGGCGCUUUAGUUGGAAGUCCGCAGAUUUUGGGAAUAGGCAGUGCAGCAGCAGGAGUAGGAGGUAACGGUGCUGCUGCUCCUGCUGUAGCAGGUGGGGCUGAAGGGGCAGUAGGGGGAGGGAGAGGAGAAGGGAUUAUGGCUGCUGUAGCAGCAGCUGUAGCACCAGGAAUGGCUGGUGGUAACAGUGGUGGAAUGGGGGGGCUGCUAGGAUCAGAUCAGGUGGUUGCUGGGGAAGGUGGUAUUGGGCAUUUGGGCGGGAUGCCCUUCGCAAACGACCUGACUCGGUCAACGGGUGGGGCGGCAGCGUCCGGCCCCAGCGGGUCGGCGGCGGGCGGCGGAGACAGGUCUGUGAACGUGGGCGAGCUGAUGCAGCGAGUGGCAUCGUUGGAGGAGCAGGUUCGAAGCAAGGACAAGCUGCUGGCUGCUGCCCAGGCGCGGGAGGCACAGCUGCAGGCAGAGAAGCGAUCUCUGGAGCGCAGGAUGUCAGAGCUGCGACUGGCAUUCGACGGGCAGCAGCAGAACCUGAUGGGGUCGGCCCAGAAGGCCAUGGGGUACCGCCGGGACGUGCUGGAGGAGAAUGUGCGCCUCACUCGUGCACUGGAGCUGGGGGCAUUGUGUAUGCUCUGGAGUUGCCUGCGGCGAGGAGGGACGAAGGCCAUGGGGAACCGCCGGGACGUGCUGGAGGAGAACGUGCGCCUCACCCGCGCGCUGGAGAGUUGCCUGCCAGCAGUAGGGAGGAAGGCCAUGGGUGCGCCUCACCUGCGCGCUGUAGGUGCGUUCUGGCUGGGGGCACUGUGCGUGCUGUGCUCUAGAGUCUGGACUGGAGUGGCGUGCCCUGGGAGCAGUGUGUGGUGUCAUGGGCAACACCAGAAGGCCAUGGGGUACCGCCGGGACGUGUUGGAGGAGAACGUGCGCCUCACCCGCACGCUGGAGAGUUGGCUGCUGCGAGUAGGGAGGAGGGCCAUGAGGUGCCGCCGCGACGUGCUGGAGGAGAAUGUGCGCCUCACGCUCGCGCUGGAGCGAGUGGAGCAUGACCGCAUGCUGUUUGUCACCACGCUCAUGCCCGAGCGGAGCAUGACCGCAUGCUGUUCAUCACCACGCUCACGCCAUGCUCCUCUGUGCCGCAUGCACAUGCCCUCUCUCUCCCCCUGCAAUCCCCCAUCUCCUUCCCCCCCUCCAUCCCCAGCGAGCGGAGCACGACCGCAUGCUAUUCAUCACCACGCUCACUCUGCCUGUCUGUGUUCCCCUGUGCCCUAUUCUCCCCUCUCUUCCUGCACUCCUCCAUACCCUCGCCCCCUCCAUCCCCAGCGGGCAGAGCAUGACCGCAUGCUAUUCAUCAGCACGCUCACGCCGUGCUCCCCCGUGCCUCAUGCGCAUGCCCUCUUGCAUGUGUUGCUCACUCUGCGUGUGUUCCCCUGUGCCCUAUUCUCCCCUCUCUCUUCCUGCACUCCUCCAUACCCUCGCCCCCUCCAUCCCCAGAGAGCGGAGCACGACCGCAUGCUAUUCAUCAGCACGCUCACGCCACUAGCAGGGGAGUUUGGUCUCUCGGCCACCGCCUCUGCUGACUCGCACCACAUGCUGCUCUCUGUCAAGUCUGUGCUGCAGCAGCUGCUCACCCGAACCACUCGCAGCAACGAGGUAAGCGUCCUUCCUCUUCCCCCCUUCGCCGCACAUGUCCUGAGCUCUGCUCUGCUCAAUUUGCAGGGCGGGCCGUCACCCCCUCUCCCCACGCUCUAUGGCACCACAGACCCCACGCUCUCUGCUCCGUGCUGCCCUUGUUGUUUUUAUUCACUCUUCCUCACCGUCUCCCCUCCAACCUCCCCCCCCCCCUUCCAGCAGGGCGGGCUGUCAGCCCCCCUCCCCACGCUCUACGGCACCACAGACCCCACCCUCUCUGCGCUGCUGCUCGCCAGUGGCGCCAACCCCAACAGCACCUCCCUCGCAGCAAACCCCCUCACUGCUGCCUCGCCUCUCCGUGCUUUAGCUGGGCUGCUGUCCCCUGCAUCUGCACCUGCUGAUCCUCUGCUGCUCCGAAGCUCCUUUGUUGCCGCUCUCUCUGCUGCUGCCUCGCCUCUCCGAACCUUGGCUGGGCUGGUGUCCCCUGCUGCUGCUGCUGCUGCUGCUGCUGCUGCUGCUGCUGCUGCUGCUGCUGCUGCUGCUGCUGCUGCUGCUGCUGCUGCUGCUGCUGCUGCUGCUGCUGCUGCUGCUGCUGCUGCUGCUGCUGCUGCUGCUGCUGCUGCUGCUGCUGCUGCACUGCACCUGCAUGUGCAUCUGCUACUGCUGAUGCUCU